CGGGAAGUUCGUGAGAGCAUAUAGCGUUUGAAAUAUCGACACUAAUGUAAAAAUACUCACUGAGAACGAACGUAUAUUGUUGAAUAUUUUUCAAAUUUAGUUUUUAAAGCGUUUGAACUUUGUUAAAUAAAGUUAAAUUUAUAUAAAAAUUAUAACUGUGAUAUUUGUUCCAAAUUCACUAAAAUUGGUGGAAGAAAACCGCGACUAAUUGGCAACAACCCCCAUUUUUGCGAUAGAGUUGAGUAACGCUCAACUCAAUUUCUGGUGAGGCCCUAAAGGGAGUCAACAUUUUUAAAAGCGAACAAGGAGAAUUUUUAUUCAUCCAACAAUGGCCUUCGCAGCUGUAUUUGUCAGAGGAGAAUCAUGGCGAGAGAUCAAUGCUCAUGGACAUACAACCAAACCGCCCUCAAACGCCGGACUUAGACUUUCUGCACUGUGUAAACCCCCACGAAGUCAAUCCUAUAGUAGGCUUGGACAAAAUCAACACAACAGAGUAUCAGGUAAAUUGGAACGUACAAAUGACAGACGUGCCAGUUGGUCACGGGUUCUACGGCCCAUCGCCAAAAAAAGUCAAGCUCGAAAUGGAGGAAUUUCGAGAUCUCAGUUUCUAUUUACCCAAAGUGUUACCGACCACGUCAACCGUAAAUACCAUAGAUGAAUUAAACACGCCUGUUUUUGAAAAUGAUUCAUUUGAUUUUUCAUAUUUACCACAAACGAAGCCAAGUACUUUCGAUGCUGUAAAGCUUGAAAGCAGGGACUACGUAAACAACCAGUAUGCCUAUCCAACUAUAAAUAGCGAAAAGCAAGCAAUAAUAAGUAUAAUUAGUGACGUAAGCAACAACGGCGCCAUGCAAAACUUAGAUGCGUUCGACACGCACAGUAAUAGCGCAAUGGCGCCACCUAACGAUAACGACGGGAAUGUCUUUGAUUCUGACUGCGAAUCUCCUCCCUACGAGCAACUUAAUGUCAUGGAAAGUCCUAAGGAACUUGAAGACAGCAACAGUUCUCUAUCAACUGAAAAUUCUACUCCAUUGUAUCUAAAUCUAAAUAUGAAACCAAUUGCCGACAAUAUAAACACACCAGAUGUAUUAGACACGGUUAUAGAGUUGGGCGAUCAGUGUAACUUUAAUAUUUUGGAUUUGGUUCAGUCGGAGGAUAUUAUCACAGUUAACGCUGAAGAUAUCUUUCCCUACGUGCAUGAAACUUUAAGCGAAACACAGCCUUUAAAACGAAAACGCGUUAAGAAAAGUGAAAGCGAUGAAGAAUACAUUCCUCCCUUAAAAACGCGAAGAAGAGAACUGUGCAGCGAUUCUGAAAGCGACUACGAAGAAAAGUUUUCAAAAAAACCAAGAUCGCCGACGAAGAGACUUUCCUCAGUAGACAGUAGAAAUGGAGGAUUGAAAUACAGGGAUCUCAGGGAUAAAAAUAAUGAAGCUUCCAGAAAAUCAAGAAUGAAGAGAAGGGAAAAAGAAAGGGAGAUAGAUAUGGAAUGUGAAGAGCUAACAAAUAAAAAUGUUAAGCUAAAAGCGCAAGUUGAGGAGUUAGAAAAGACUGUGUCCAGCUACAGAGAAAAUCUGUUUAAAAUUAUGCUUCUUAAAAAGUAGUAAGAUGAUUUUACAUUUCUGUUGUUGUUUAUUUUAUAUUUUUGUACCUAAUAUUUCGAAACUGUUAUAUAUUAAAUAUAUAAUAUUGUUUAGUUAUAAUUUAUACGUACUGUGUUAAUAACAAUUAUUAUAUUUACUUAAUUAUAGUGCUGGGAUAUAUAAAUACUAUACAAAUACUAUUUGAACCAUUAUAAUAUUAGGGUUAACUACUGUUGAAUUAGCCCAGCUUUGUUUUAUUAUUAUAUUAAAAAUAAAUUGGAAACUAAUAAAUUAUUUUUUUUAA